ACUUCGACUCCGACUCCGACUCCUGCCUGUUGUGCAUGCCGUUCGACACACUGGCCCUGCUCUGAUUUUUCCAACUCUCGAUAUCCCCCAUUUCCAGCCGCCUUUUUACAGCUUUGUCCCGGGACGAGGCCGACUUCUCCGCCCGACCGCCCUUGUGCUCCAUCAGCAACGCUGGCCCAAUCCGCGCGCCUGAAUGUCCCAGAGGGGGACACAUUGAGCAAGGUCACGUCCCCGCUCAAUGCCGUCUACCUGAUGAAGCAGGUCGAAAUGCCAUCAUUCCUCGCCGACGAACGCGACCGCCAGAAUUCUUUCUCCCCCAAAUCCUUAUCAGCAACAAGCCCGUCACAACAACAAACCCCCGCCGUUGAAUCCCUUCCCGGAGCAUGGCCCAAGCCCACCUCUCCCAUGCCUAAUGGCCUACCGCAUGGAGCAGACAGCGCUAUAUCAUCCCUACCACAUGCCCGGUCGUCCGAGUCGCAUAGCACACGAGGAAGGACCGUGUCGUCAAAGGGUAGCAUGCCUUCCAUCUACUCAUCGAGGAGCGACAAUGAAAAGAGGUCCUUGGAUAUGUCCACAAACCCUCGCGAGGAAGAAGGCUACUUUGCAAAGAGGCCCAAUGGAGUCGCUCGGUCACCGAAUCCAUCCCAGUCUGCCCUCGCCGUGCCAGAGGACGUUUCGCCAACUUCGUCUGCUCUGCCCCUCCAAACCAUGCCAAGUCCUGUACUACCACCCGUGAGUGAAGCUGGUCCUUCUGCCACCACCGAAAUUAUGCUCCGCGUCCCUCCUUCGUCCCAUCGAGCCUCCUCCCCUCCGGCUUUUUCUCAGACUUCUUCUUCCAUGGCCUCGGUCUCUUCCCAACCUCCUGGCCGGCUGGUUCACCGACACACGCUCGAAGUCCCUAGUGUGGCUGGCCGCACCUCCCGUGACAGCCAAGCGCCUUCCACUGUUGAUGGUAAUGUCGUCUCUGCCACUGGUCGUUUCUCACCGACAACCCCUAGUAGGAGAAGGGGUUCCUCUCAACUCGUGCGUCGCGCAACCCGCUCAAUCGCCUCAGAAGCCCAUCUCGACGAGGUCAUUCAGGACGAUGAUGCUGCACGCUGGGCUGAGGCUUACAAGAACAAGAGGGCAAGUAAACGAAAACGUGACGAAGACGACGAACGAGUUGUUGUUGGCACAAAAGUCGAUCAGCAUCACGUCAAUUGGGUCACCGCUUACAAUAUGCUUACUGGAAUCCGUUUCUGCGUAUCGAGGACAAAUGCAAAGAUUGAUCGGGAUCUGACCGACGCCGAUUUUGACGCAAAGCACAAGUUCUCAUUCGAUAUUACCGGCAACGAACUCACUCCCUCGGCCAAGUACGACUUCAAAUUCAAGGACUACGCCCCCUGGGUCUUCCGUCAUCUUCGCAGCAAGUUUGGUCUCGACCCUGCUGAUUACCUUGUCUCUUUAACCUCCAAAUACAUCUUGUCCGAACUUGGCUCUCCUGGCAAAUCUGGCAGUUUCUUCUAUUUUUCACGCGACUACAAAUAUAUCAUCAAGACCAUUCAUCACGCCGAACAUAAAUUCCUCCGCAAAAUUCUAAGAGACUAUUAUUCCCACGUCCAGGAGAACCCCAACACGCUUCUCAGUCAAUUCUACGGUCUUCACAGAGUUAAGAUUCCCUACGGUAGAAAGAUCCACUUCGUCGUCAUGAACAACCUUUUCCCUCCGCACAGAGAUAUACACCGGACGUUCGAUCUCAAGGGCAGUACCAUCGGCAGAGACUUCAAGGAAGAUGAGCUGGAAAAGAAUCCGAGAGCCACACUAAAAGACCUCAACUGGCUACGACGAAACCUUCAUCUGGAGUUCGGCCCCACUAAGAAGGACGCCUUUGUCGAGCAGAUGCAAAAGGACGUUGCUCUCCUACAAAAGUUGAAAAUUAUGGAUUAUUCGAUGUUGGUCGGUAUCCAUGAUUUGCAGCGAGGAAACGAGGACAAGCUACGAGACAAGACUUUGCAAGUCUUCCAGCCUGGAGGUCACAAGUCGGAAGACCAACCGCCGAACAUGCUUAUGCGUACGCCUAGCAAGCUCGAGAACGCACGGAAGGCACAGGAAUUACGUCAACUCAUUAAGAACGAAAAGCCUGUCCCCAUGGGUCAGAUUCUGGACAAAAUGCCCGACGAAAUGGCAGGAGGCCACAGAAAGCAUUCUUACUUCUAUAGCGACGAUGGCGGUUUUAGGGCAACCCACGAGAACGACAUGGCCGGAGAAGAGAUUUAUUACCUUGGAAUCAUCGAUUGUCUGACACAUUACUCCAUGAUCAAGCGAUUCGAGCAUUUCUGGAAAGGACUGUCUUCUCCUGAGUCACAAAUUUCUGCCAUUCCCCCUGAACGCUACGGCGAUCGAUUCAUUAGGUUCAUCUCAGGCAUCACCAAGACGCGCGAACGUGCCGAGGCGGAGAAAGAGCAAUGCGAGCACGGUAGUGAGCGACUCAACCAGGCUAUCCAUAACAUCGAGGGCACACUUGACGACCCCAAACUCUCUGGCGUCAACAUACUCAAAAACCAGGACCAUAAUCCCGCCGGCACUGAUAAGGUCAUGCGCAAGGCGGAGAAGCAGGCCGAAAAGAGUAGGGCUCGUGGUGCCAACGAGGAUGACAUACCGGACCGUGCUAUCGGUGCAGUCAGAAGUCCCCACGCCGAGAAUGAGAACAUGAUUACCCUGCCUGUCAUUGGCGAGGCUGCAGAAAACGGCAGCCCGUCCUCAAGGACACCUACCCGUACAAUCACACCUCAGCGUUCGAAAGAAUCCUUCCGCGGUCGCAAGGGCAGUUCUCAAGCAGCAACACACAAUGCCAGCGUGAGCCAAAAUCUUGGAGAAGUGCCGCCACCUACACCCCCGAAAACGGACGGUCCACCAUCCUCCAAGCGAUCUAUCGAGUUUGAGCACAAUGGACGUGCAGUCAACAACUUCAGUCGCCCAUUGACACCGCCAAAGGACGACAAGUAUAGCUUGCGCGACCAGCGAGACAGGCCGCUCACACCACCCAAGGACGAGAGAUAUAGUCUCGACAAAGCUCUACCCUUGCCUCCGCAAACCGACGGGUCCAACGAGGAUGAGGUGGAAGCACUGGGGACAAGGGUGGCCGGUCUCUCCACUUGAGCCCUCUCUGCCUGCCGCGCACUGCUUUGAAACUUGUGAAGAAACAAAAAUCUGCUUUGGGUUGUCCAUGUUGAAAUUUUGGCUUAUUGUUAAUCUCCCUGUUGUUGUUUUUUUGUCUUUUUUGUCUUGCAUCUCAUCAUUUUGCAAGCAACGCUUAUUCCCCCCGAUGGCACAUCCUUUUUUUCAUUUUCUUGAUAGCGUAGUUUUUCUUUUCAAAGCGACUGCAGACUUUCUUCUCCUUUGUAUCUUUUGGGCGUCCGUCCUCUCAUCUUUUGUUUUUUUGUGGUUUAGCUAGCAUCAUCAAUUCUCGAUACCACCUUUUUUGUUGCGUGUCUCGAAACACACUCAUCGGAAUAAUACAUGCGUUUGUUGUUGUCUCUUGCGAAAUAACGUUUCUCUGUCUCGACUUUUGGCUAUUGUCCUAUUUGUUCGUAUGUUUG